AACGCCUGUGGAAGAAUUUGUUUACGUUUCAAAAGUGCCGUAACGACGAUUGAUUUCUCUCGAUUUAUGCACUUUUUCCCAUCAAUUUUCCCACAAUUAGCACGAAAGUGGCUCUGUGCAUUGUCUGGUGAGUGGUGCAGCGCUGAGAAAGAGUGCAGAAUAGCAGCAAAUGGAGUCGCUUCAGGAGAGAAGACUCCCGGAUCGCGAAGGGGGCGCAUCGGCGGGCGAUUGUGAUCAGCAGUUGAGCACACGGAUUAGCGAUAGUGGUGUGGAUUCGCUGGAGGAGCGACUGAGUCCGUCAGAAUCGCUGAUAUCGCAGGACACGCUUGACUUCAUCUUCCAAGGCUUUGAGUCGUCCGGAAAGCGGAAUUUGCCGGAUUUGACGCCUGACAGCGAGACUCAGUCAUUUGCAUCGGAUAAGAAGACUCUAUCCGGAUCGUCAUCGAGUCUCAGGGACUCUUCGAAGAACCUCUUUCAGCGCCUGGGCGCUCUUUAUUCCGACAAUCCGCUGCUCUCGUCGCCCAUUCACCGCACAGAAGCCACUUUCGGCGAGACGAUGAGCAGCCAAGCGACUUCAACACAUUCCACGGCGCGUCUCGAGAAGCUCUCCGCUCUGGCGGACUCCAUCAGCAGCUGGGAGGAGGAAAUGCCCGCUCAUGCGCGUCCUGAAGUGGUGCGACUCACGCCGAAGAAGUGUCCAGCACCGCUGCCACCCCAGACAGUGGCUGACGAGAGGGAUUUCAUUAGGAAGCCCUCGAUUAAGAAGACUCGAGCUCCGGACAUUCCUAAGCUUCCGCCGCGCGGACAAGAAAAUGCGCCAAUUCCGCAAAUUCCCGUGAAGUCUCCGGUCAAGGGUGGACGGGAUCCGGCUGAGAUGUCGCUGAAGGAGCGUCUGGCGCUCUUUGAGCGCAAUCGCAACAAUGGAAGGCCUCUGAGCAAACCGCCGGUGCCGCAGAAGCCGCCAAGUGUCUCCGCCGGAGGAAUUCGGGACAAGAUCGCCACGCUCUUUUCCUCUGGCAUCGAAAAUGCUGGACCGCGACGACAGAGAGAGGCAGAUGUGAAUGCUGCUCGUCAGGCUGAGGCUGUCUUGAGGCCACUGCUUCCGCCGCCAGCGCCGCCGGCUGUUCCGUCGCCGGCGAAGAGGAAGAGCGGUGAAUUGGAGAACAUCGAAAUGGUGCCAAUUGUGGAGGAGCCGAAGAGGCCGAAAACCAUCCAGGCGGACAAUGCUGUGGCGAUACAAGUGCGCCAGUUGGAAGGCGGCGCCAAGCAGAGGCCGCAAGGAGCGCCGCAACACGCGAGGAGACACGACGAAGACUCCAGCACAAAAAACAGCCUCGCGACGUCCGAAGGAACAUCAAUUGUGGCGAACGAAGGAGAGAAAAGUGCAGAGAAGAACAUAACACAGAGUGUGUUGAAGACUCUUCUUGAUAAUGCCAGACUUUUGGGUGAAAACGACUCUGACGACAGUUCAAGUGACCUUUCGGGUCAUCUUGAAGACGUCGAGGAGUGUUUGGACGACACUUUUCACCUUACCAGUGAUGAUGAGAGAAAUGAAAAAGGAUCAAUUUCAUCAGAGAGUUUCUUAUAUCGUCGAACACCGAAGAAACCAGCAAUUUGUGCCAUCAGAGAGGAGGAUUUGAGUGAUGAUGAGGACGAUAGUGGAUCACCUCUGCUGCACAGCGUGAGUUUCUAUCGCAAACAGCAGCAGAACAGGAGUCAAGUCAAGUGCCAGAAGAAGCUGCAAGUUGACGAUGCAACUGCAGCGAUUGCUGACGAUUCGUCGUGGCAAUUGGAGGUGAAGGCGAAGAAGUUGAAUGAGGAGAUUCACAAGCAGCAGCAAAUCAUCUCGCAGACGAGUCAGGCGCUCAAUCUGUGCGCCGCCACGGUGGAAUUCAGUGGCUCCAGUGAGUCAGUCGAGGGUGAGCGUCAUCUGCUUGUGGCCACGCAUCGACGCCUGGCUGUGCUGAAUGAGUUGCAGCGCAUGAAUGUGGAGAAGAGCGUGCGACCGCGGGAUUCGCCUCCGGAAAUGGGAUCACUGAGCGUGAGUGGAAUUACAAUUCCACUGGCUCAGGCGUACAUUCGUCAAAUGGCCACAGACACAAUUCCUGGCCAUCAUUUGGUGUGUCUGCUGAAGUACAAUGACAGCGUUCUGGCCACUCAGAGUAUCAUCACGCUGCCAGGCUUGGUGGCAGUGAAGUUUGCCGAUGAAUUGCAUCUGCCGGAAGUCUAUGCGGACUUCAAAGUCACUCUCGAGGUGUACGGAAUGGCGGCGCAGCGUGAAGUGCUGCCGCAUGAGCUCAAGUAUCACAUUCUGGGCAAGAAAUUGCCCUCGAGUGCCAAGAAGGGCUUCAUGGGCGUCGGUGGAACGCCAGUGAAGCGUCUGCGGAAGCCAAUUGUGGAGUCACCAGCUGGUCCAUCGGCCGUGAGAUCGCCGGCGUUCACGCUCUACGGCUCGGUGAUUUUCUCCCUGAGGGAGGCGCAGAGGCGCACGAUGUGGACACUGAAUCGCACCAGCUUUGCGCCAGAUCCCGUCGAGGGUGUCAUUCACAUGCGCGUGUCGUGCCAGCUGCGGAACACCACGCAAUACCGUGGCUUCCUGACCAUGUUCGAGGAUGUGUCGGGUUUGGGAGCGUGGCACAGGCGCUGGUGUCAUCUGCACGGCACCACGCUCAACUACUGGAAGUAUCCGGACGACGAGACGAAGAAGUUGGCCAUCGGAAGCAUCGAUUUGCAGUUGUGCAGAGUGUCAAAGAUUGCCGCUGUGCCGCGAGACAUUUGCGCCAGAAUGAACACUCUUCUGCUGGAACUGGAGAGACCCAGAAUGGCGACAGAUGAGGAAUCUCUGGUGCUGAUUCCUCGUGGGAAGACAACUGUUGUUCGACAUCUUCUGUCCACGGACACGAAGGAGGAGCGCGAAGAGUGGUGCGAGAAUCUCAAUUACGUUCUCAGACUCAUAAAAUCUUGGGAAUCACCCAAACACUAAUCAUU